UUUCUGUUUUUAUUGCUUUAAAUCUACGACGCUUUUUCUUCAAUUUCUUCAAUUUCAUUUCAUUUCUAUUUUGGAAGAUGAGCUCUUCAACUCGGUUUGCAGCGACAGUCGAGGACUUGGACGUCGACGACAUGGACUUCCCACUUCCCGAAGCGCCCACGCCCUACCCGGCCAUCCUCGCGCACCCCCCACAGCUGCCCACACCCCCUCCCCGGGCCCUGCCACCAAACGCCGUGCGCAUCGGGCAAACCACCGCCGAUGGUGCCCGUAUAGUCGAAGACGCGUCGCAGUUUAAAAAAUGGAUCUGCCUCUACCCCCUCUACUUUGACAAAUCCCGGUCAAUUCCCAAGGGUCGGCGAGUGCCACUUUCGCAAGCGAUAUUUGCGCCGCACGGGCGGCAGCUUUCUGUGGCUGUGAAGCAGGCUGGGUUUAAUGUCUGCUAUGAGCCUGGGAAGACGCAUCCGAGGGAUUUUUUCAAUCCUGGGAGAGCGCGGGUGCAGCUGUUUGAUGACCAGGGGAGGCUUGCAAGGCCGGAUGUGGCGUCGAGGAAGAGGCUGAUGGAGGUGGUAGCGGAGAAAAUGAAGCUGGUGGUGGUGCCCAGGGAUAGGGAGCCGAGCUUGCAGGAGCUGAUUGAUUCAGGAGCGAUGCCGGUGCUGCCCGGGAUGGGGCCUGGCGGAGAGGAGCCGGAGGAGGAGCUGCCGCUGGUGGCGAAGCCUCCGGCACAGAAGGUGUCCAAGAAACCAGCCAAGAACAAGAAGAAAGGAAAAGGCAACGUCAACCUCGUAUAAAACUUGUGUAUGAAGUGGGCGUGGGGGGGGUUUUUUAUAUACAUAUAUAUUCCA